AUGGCUAAUCCACAAAGCCAUUCAAGUCAGCAGGACAAAACUACCAGAUUUAACCACGCUGGCGGGAACGAGAAGCUGGUCAAGCUGGAGCCUGGGCUGAAGGUGUGCGGGGGUGAUGACCGGAUCGGGGCCCUGACUCACAAGGUCACGCACCUCUCCACACUGCAGGUGGGGUCUCUCAACGUCAAGUGCCUGUCCACACCGUGCCACACUUCUGGACACACCUGCUACUUUGUGAGCAAGCCCAGCAGCUCUGAGCCUCCUGCUGUGUUCACAGGUGACACCUUGUUCGUGGCUGGCUGUGGGAAGUUCUACGAAGGGACAGCGGAUGAGAUGCACAAAACCCUACUUGAGAUCCUGGGCCGGCUCCCUCCAGACACAAGAGUGUACUGUGGCCAUGAGUAUACCAUCAACAACCUCAAGUUCGCGCGGCACGUAGAGCCCAACAACGCUGCCAUCCAGGAGAAGCUGGCCUGGGCCAAGGAGAAGUACAGUAUCGGGGAGCCCACGGUGCCAUCCACCAUCAAGGAGGAGUUCACCUACAACCCGUUCAUGAGAGUGAGGGAGAAGACCGUACAGCAGCAUGCUGGCGAGACUGACCCCGUGACCACCAUGAGGGCCAUCUGCAAAGAGAAGGACCAUUUCAAGGUGCCCCGGGACUGAGGCGGCUGUGGGGCCUGGGGUGCCCGUGGCCGCCACCACUCUCAAGGACAUUUGGGUAUUCAGAUGUUUUAGAUAAAUUUCCUGCCAGGAGUGCAGGAAAUCCAGUCUUGGUUUAAUUUUAAAUUAAUCUCA